AAGAGAGAGCGGAGCCGAGGUCUGGUCUGGGGUCCCUGCGAAGGCCUCCCCACCCCCCAUCCCUUAUUCCGGAUAGAGACCCCUCCAUCACUGGAUCUGAGCCGCGUUAACCUCUGGAUUGCCAGCAAGGCUCUUUUUUUUCUUCUUCUUCUUGGCAUUAUGUGGAGGGACUGAGCCCAUCCUGCAGGAGUCUCAGAUCUAGAGCAGAAAUAGUUGUGGCCCCUGGAUUUGGCCCCCAGCUGUCCUGACUCGGGAGGGAUCCCUACAGCCACCAUGGAUGUCACUAGGAACUUAGUAACCCUUCUCAUGCUGCUGUUCUCUGAGGUGGUGACCGCCUAUGUGUGCAGGAGCGGGAUGUUCAACGAGGCGGACGUGUGCUGCGCUGAGUGCCCGCUGGGCUCCGGGGUGUUUGUGCCAUGUGGAGACUCUGACACCAAAUGUGACCAAUGCAACGAUUCCACAUUACUGAAGGUGAACGGUGCCACAGAGCUGUGCCGGCCACGCUGCCCCAAUGGCCAGUACUUGCACUUGGAUAACACCAGCAGCCAAUGCUUCCCCUGCCGGGUGUGCGGGAAGGGCUUCGGUGUGAUCAGGAACUGUUCCCGCACAGAGAACACGGAAUGCCAGCAGUGCCCCAAAGGCUUCUACUCGGAGGUGAAGAGCAGCAUGUCUCCUUGUCAGCCGUGCCGGACCGAGUGUAAGGAGACCGAGGUGCAGAUUGGCGACUGUACGGAACAUCACGACAUUCUGUGUAUGGCUAAAGACGUGCCAAUUCUGAAGCGCUCGGACGGCGAUGCACGCAAGGACGAGAACAGCACAUCGCCUAGUUACCCUAAUUUCAUCCCACCGUACGACCACGGUAAAAACAUUAUCCCCGUCUACUGCUCCAUCCUGGCUGCCGUGGUGGUCGGUCUCAUCGGAUACGUGGCUUUUAAGUGCUACAGCAGCUGCAAGCAGAAGAAGCUGUUGGCGAAAGCUCGCGCAAACGAACUGGCGGCUUCCGGCGAGGGCGAAAAACUGCACAGCGAUAGCGGCGUCUUCCUGGACACGCACAGCCUGCAAGAGCAAAACCAGCUGAACAAAGCAGCCAAACUGGAGCCAAAACUCUACAUCAACCUCCCACCACACAAGCAGGAAGAGGUGGAGCGCUUGUUGGCGGACACCAGCCGCGGGAAGGACUGGCAGCGCCUGGCCAGCUUGUUGGGCUACGAGGAAGACGCCAUAGACGCCUUCUCUAGAGGGGAGGAUCCCGUCCACACUCUGCUCACCGACUGGUCUUCAAAGGACGGCUCCACCCUGGAGGUUCUGUGCGCGGCCUUGGUCAACAUGGAGCGGGCAGACGUGGUGGAGAACCUGAACAGCACAAGCGACGCCAGCUCCGUUGUGUAAUGACGGGGAAGCUCUUCCCAGACAGGACUGGGCUAUAGAAACCAAAUUUGUCUG